AAUCAUGUUUGCUUCUUGGACUAGUCUCGAGCGUUCGGUUUUCCUGACGCUUCUGUUGUUUCUUAAAGUUACUUCCUCAACUCAUGGACGGACUGAAAUAUUAAUAGGAGCAGUCUUCUCUAAAGAGACUGGCGCGAACGGAACUGAAGAAGAAGCUCUUAAACUUGCCAUUGAGUAUAUAAAUGAUGACAAUGAAACGUACGCGGGUAUUGAAUUGAAAGCCUUGGUUAAAUAUUCGGAUCCGAUGGACGAUUUUCAAAAUAUCGAGCAAGUCAACAGUUUGCUGAGCAGUAACAUAUCAAUUCUUAUUGGUCCAAUGGAAACGUCUGCCGUAAUUGCCACCCACCCUCUGUGUAGCAGAGCAAGUGUCCCUCAGAUAGCUCCGCUGACCAGUCUAGAAAUCAUUUCCGAAGGUGAUAGUGGUUUGAACUACUUAUUGCGCAUGAGCCCCACAGAGAAGCUGAAAGCCAAAGCGAUAGCAGAGAUAAUUAAGAGGUACAAAUGGGAAACGAUGGCUGUGCUAGGAUAUCAAAACAAAGAAGCUCCUGAAGGUCACUCCAGCUUUCGUUUGAUCGCCAAUGGAAACGAAUGGAAUAUGGUUAAGGAAACUCUUAUCUCACCUGAUAAAGAUGGUAGACAAGGAGAUCUGGGUUCGGCAUUAAUGGAUAUUCGAUAUUUGAAAGAUUCUCAAAGCACUCGGCUUGCGGUCAUGUUCUUUCCUGCGUGGGCUGUGGAAAAAUUUAUGAAGCAGGUAAAAAAACAACUGCAAACAGAAAUGGGCAACUGGACAUGGAUAUUUUCAAACUUUGGGAAUCGUAAGGAAGACCUCCUCGGCAGUGACUCUGGUGAUAUACCAGAUACCAUGCAAGGACUGCUCGGCAUCAGACCGACCGUGGGUAAAGGUGCCCGCUUUGAAAAGUUCAAAAAUGCAUGGCAGCAGUUGAUCCCGGGAAAAGAAAUAUCGGUAUCUGUUGGUCGAGUUUAUGACUCUGUGUUAGUGGCCGCAGAGGGAAUCAAGAUAGCCCUCCGAAAUGGAGUAGCUUUACCGAGCAAUCAAACUUACCGGGGAUUUUGCAGCAGCUCGGACAAGCAGGAAGAAAACACCAGUGGAGAAGAACUAGCCAAAUAUUUGAACGAGGUAGAGGUUGAAGGUGUCAUGGGUAAAAUCCAUGCCAAUGAUCCAGAUUACGCUGGUUCUGCUUACUUUGAUGUGCUAAAUCUAAGAAGCACCGGUGAAUAUAAAGUCGGGGAGUGGAAUACGACUGGGUUACAUAUGUUUGAAAACGAAAAACCAAUCUGGCCUUCAAACAGCUCAGACAUACCAUUGGACAUUCCAAAUAUCUUGAAGGGAAAGACUCUAAGGAUCGCUACCAUUUUGGCUCCACCGUUUGUGAUGUUGAAAAAUGGUGCCGAAUCGUCCUCGAACGAAACCAAGGACUUUGAAGGUCUGAGUAUUGAUAUUUUGGAGGAGAUAAGCAAAAGACUGGAGUUCAACUAUGAGAUAUAUCAAGCUCCUGAUGGAAAAUUUGGAGUGAAAAACAGACUCACUAGAGAGUGGAAUGGUAUCGUCAAGGAAAUCAGGGACAAGAAAGCCGAUAUGAGUAUUGCCCCAAUGACCAUCAGCUCUGAUCGUCAAACAGUGUUAGAUUUCACUCAACCUUACAUGACUUUUGGACUGGCCUUCAUGAUACGUGUCCAGGAGGUUAACGGGAACUACUUCAGAUUCCUGUUACCGUUCAGUAAAUAUUUGUGGGUGGCCAUAUGUGUGUUGGUGAUGGUGAUGGGGUUUUCCGUGUGGUUCUGUAACCUCUUCAGUCCACUUGGGUAUUACGGAAGAUGUACACAAGCUCAGUCUACAAAACAGCUAAAACCAGAAGUCCUUAAACAAGUUGACACUCUCAGCUUAAACAACUCUAUAUGGUCGUCGUGGAAGGCAUACGUCCGUCGUAGCGCUGAACAUCCAAGGUCAUGGUCUGGAAAGUUAACAGUGUCUGUCUUCUGGUUCGCUGUGAUGAUCAUCAAUGCUACCUACACAGCCAAUCUGGCCGCUUAUCUCACUGUAUCCCGGAUGCAAACUCCCAUUGAAACCAUUCUAGAUCUGUCGCGUCAAACCCGCAUUGAGUACGGAACACUUAAGGACUCACAGCUACAAACAUUUUUCCAAAAAACGGAUGUUCCCAGUUAUCUGGUGAUGGGACAGUUUAUGGAGCAGCGCAAAUUAUGGAUGCCUAGUUAUGAAGCUGCCAUCAACAGAACUUUGGAGGGUGACUUUGCAUUUAUCUCAGACAGACCAAUUUUAAAUUAUGUGGCACGACAAGACAAACAUUGUGGAAAAUUUAAGGUUACUGGCGGGUUUGGUAAUACAUAUGGUUAUGGUUUUGCUUUUGAGUUGACCUCGCCAUACACACCACUCUUUAAUAUGGAACUAUUUCGACUUCAAAAUGAAUUCGUCAUAAGCAGUCUGACUCAUAAGUGGACAAAGGAGAGGGUGAAUUGCGAACUGGUGGAUAACUUUGAAGAGCAGCAACAACUUGGAAGCACUGUCCAGAAGAUGUCCGUCCAAAACAUGCUGGGUGUGUUUAUCCUGUUGGCCAUCAGUGUUUUGGUUGGCUUCCUUAUCAUGAUCAUGGAGUGGAUUUACGCCUCGGCCAAAGAUGCCAGAAAGCGCAUUCAGGGACGCAAGACAUGCUGCCAAGCAUGCGGGACGAGACUGCUUCAAGCACUAAGGGACAUGUGCUGCUCUAAACAGAAAACCACUCUUGAUAAUAAAAAGACAGAUGACUGAAGAUGGACGUCAGGUUGAGUUUUAGCGGGAUCAGCAUUUUGCAUUCUAGCCAAUUAUAUCCCUUUCUCUAGAUCGCCUUACGAAGACGCCGUUUUCAGCUUUAAACGUAGAAUUGUUAGUGUCAAAUUUUUUCCAAUGGUCACCUCCUAACACGUUUGAAAAAUGUUGCACCAGGCUCAGGUACUUCCCGUUUCAAAUUGGUAGUUGAAAAUUGAUUCAACAUAGGAAUAACGUGACUUGUCAAGGCGCAGAGAUGCACGCUUUGUUGUUCUGCUCCUAAGAAUAAAACUUCUUUUCUUUGUCUUGUAGUAUAUAAUUAAUGAUGGGGUAAUAGGUUCAAUAUAAUGUUUGGUAAGAGGAUUUCCGUUGCUCCUUCUAAAACUAUGAUUGAGAGACUGUAAAUUAGGAUUUGAUUCAUGCUUAGUCUAAACGCUUCAUUAAAAUUGACCAAACGCGAGUUCAAGAUGGCUGCAUUGGCCGAUCUAGAGCGGGCAAGAUUAAUUCGGGUAGUCCAAUCAAAACACAGGAUUCACAUCAUCUUGAUCACAGGCGCUGCCAGCAAUAUGAUAAGAGAAUUACUCUUAUUUUCCGUUUUCGUGUUUUUAUGGAACUCAACCGCUUCUCGGUCCAAAAAAGAAAACGCAAAAACAAAUUCGACCAAUAUUCAGCCAUCUUGACCUCACAAUCGGUCAAUAACGCUUAUGAAUGAUAUCUUACCAAUCAUAACCAUUACAAUUUCCUUAAAUGUGAUUGGUGCAUUAGCUGCUUCAUUUUUCACUGAUCAGUCUGUACAGUUGUAACUGCGCAGUGUAACCUGACAGUUGGCUGUAAUCGGACAGUUUAAGAAGCCAAUCAUACUAAGUCCACUCAGCUAAAUCCACCAAUCACAAAAUUGAUCCCAACAACCAUAGCAACAACCACUUAUCUUAAAAAAAGAAACUUGGGGAAUUUACAAAAUGGAGGAAUUUUUACUUAAGACAUUGUCUCUACCGGAGAUGUUUGUCCUAAAUGUAUUUGUUUUUUUCGGAAAUUGUAACGGUUGUGAUUUAUUAGUAUCAGAAUUUCGUGUCGUCCAAUUCUGUAUGUAAUCAUACUCGUGAUUGACAGGGCGGACUCUCGCUUCGCUUAAGUCCGAUUUAUUUAAUCACUCGUAUGAUUACAGACAGGAUUGGACUCCAUUCGGUCUUACUACCACUACUUAUAGACGUAUUGUUAUAAAAACAAAUGUUGAAUGUUUCAAGAUCAGUUGGCCAGCAUGCUCACGCAUGCCUACCUGUAGUUUCUACAUGAGCUGUGGUUUAGAGUUUAUCUAGUAGUCAGAGAGAGAUUGAUCGAACAGUGUUAGUCAGUCGAUCUGAGCUACCCAGAAUGAAGUGAAUUUGAUGUAAGUAGGAUUGUGGUAAAGAACCGAUAGAUUAAAGAAAAUGGAAAACAG